AUGCCGGCAAAAACUAAAGUGGCUUCUGACCAGUAUAUUUUUCCUCAAAAUAACGCCAACAACAGAUUCACUGGAAUCAGUGUGAUCAGCGUGCCAAGAUCGGAGGCUUCGUCCUACAAGUGUUCUCUCACUCAUCCUACAGGAGAAAAAUCUGUGCAAGUGGAUGUAUAUGUCAUCUCACCUCCACAUGUAACAUUGCUCUCAGUGCCAGAAGGAGACAAACAGGUCUUGGUCUGUUCCAUCAAAGACUUUGCCCCCAAACAACUGUCAGUCAGUUGGAAGAAAAACAACAACAACAUUGUGACUGGCUUCAGUAGCUUCAAUCCCCAAAAAAGUGGAGCAGUUUAUUCGGCUGUCAGCAUCUUAACAGUUGACAAAACAGACUGGGACAAUAAAGCUGUUUACACCUGUGGGGUUACUCACAAGGAACAAAAUUAUGAAAAGAAGGCCUCAAAAGCACCUGUUACAGUGAAACUGAGCCCCCCCAGUCCUAAAGCAAUGUUUUCCAAUAAACAAGCAGAGCUAAAAUGUGUUGUUACUGGACAGGAUAGAGGCAUUUUAUCAAGUACUACUAUUAAUUGGUACAUUAAUGGACAGCAAGUGACCAACGGGAUAAUUGAUGGUAGCAAUUCAGGAGAAAAAUACAGCACAUUAACUCGAAACCUUGCUGAAUGGAAGAAAGUCAACACAGUGAGCUGCUCUGCCACGAUCAAAGACAUGACACCAGUAACUCAGAGUCUGACUGUCAACAGAGGAAAUGAAGAGCCCAACAUUGAAGUCCAAAUUGCUCCAAAUAGCACAGACAGUGAAGUCACUCUGGUGUGUCUGGUCACCAGUCAGAGGAUGCAAGAUUACUACAUCGCCUGGUCAGAAAGUUCUGGGAAAGAUCCUGAAAAUUUCACUGAUGGGAUUAACUUGCCCACACAGAAGAUAAGGAACAGUUACCUGGUUUCAAGCCUCUACACCAUCACCAAGGACAGCUGGAACAGAAACAUGUUCAGCUGCAAUGUUUGGCCUGCAGGCAGUGAUCAAGCUGUCAAACCUCGAUAUGUGUCCAGGUUCUCUGAUCAUGCAGCACCUGUUACUGUGAAACUGAGCCCUCCCAGUCCUAAGGCAAUGUUUUCCAAUAAACAAGCAGAGCUCAAAUGUGUUGUUACUGGACAGGAUAGAAGCAUUUUAUCUGAUACUAACAUCAGUUGGUACAUUAAUGGACAGCGAGUGACCAAUGGGAUAACUGAUGGUAGCAAUUCAGGAGAAAAAUACAGCACAUUAACUCGAAACCUUGCUGAAUGGAAGAAAGUCCACACAGUGAGCUGCUCUGCCACAAGAAUCGACAUGGCACCAGUAACUCAGAGUCUGACUGUCAACAGAGGAAAUGAAGAGCCCAACAUUGAAGUCCAAAUUGCCCCAAAUAGCACAGACAGUGAAGUCACUCUGGUGUGUCUGGUCACCAGUCAGAGGCUGCAAGAUUACUACAUCGCCUGGUCAGAAAGUUCUAGGAAAGAUCCUGAAAAUUUCACUGAUGGGAUUAACUUGCCCACACAGAAGAUAAGGAACAGUUACUUGGUUUCAAGCCUCUACACCACCACCAAGGACAGCUGGAACAGAAACAUGUUCAGCUGCAAUGUUUGGCCUGCAGGCAGUGAUCAAGCUGUCAAACCUCGAUAUGUGUCCAGGUUCUCAGAUCAUGCAGCACCUGUUACUGUGAAACUGAGCCCUCCCAGUCCUAAGGCAAUGUUCUCCAAUAAACAAGCAGAGCUCAAAUGUGUUGUUACUGGACAGGAUAGAAGCAUUUUAUCUGAUACUAACAUCAGUUGGUACAUUAAUGGACAGCAAGUGACCAAUGGGAUAACUGAUGGUAGCAAUUCAGGAGAAAAAUACAGCACAUUAACUCGAGACCUUGCUGAAUGGAAGAAAGUCAACACAGUGAGCUGCUCUGCCACAAGAAUCGACAUGGCACCAGUAACUCAGAGUCUGACUGUCAACAGAGGAAAUGAAGAGCCCAACAUUGAAGUCCAAAUUGCUCCAAAUAGCACAGACAGUGAAGUCACUGUGGUGUGUCUGGUCACCAGUCAGAGGCUGCAAGAUUACUACAUCGCCUGGUCAGAAAGUUCUGGGAAAGAUCCUGAAAAUUUCACUGAUGGGAUUAACUUGCCCACACAGAAGAUAAGGAACAGUUACUUGGUUUCAAGCCUCUACACCAUCACCAAGGACAGCUGGAACAGAAACAUGUUCAGCUGCAAUGUUUGGCCUGCAGGCAGUGAUCAAGCUGUCAAACCUCGAUAUGUGUCCAGGUUCUCAGAUCAUGCAGCACCUGUUACUGUGAAACUGAGCCCUCCCAGUCCUAAGGCAAUGUUCUCCAAUAAACAAGCAGAGCUCAAAUGUGUUGUUACUGGACAGGAUAGAAGCAUUUUAUCUGAUACUAACAUCAGUUGGUACAUUAAUGGACAGCAAGUGACCAAUGGGAUAACUGAUGGUAGCAAUUCAGGAGAAAAAUACAGCACAUUAACUCGAGACCUUAAAGAAUGGAAGAAAGUCCACACAGUGAGCUGCUCUGCCACAAGAAUCGACAUGGCACCAGUAACUCAGAGUCUGACUGUCAACAGAGGAAAUGAAGAGCCCAACAUUGAAGUCCAAAUUGCUCCAAAUAGCACAGACAGUGAAGUCACUCUGGUGUGUCUGGUCACCAGUCAGAGGCUGCAAGAUUACUACACAUCACCUGGUCAGAAAGUUCUGGGA